CCUUCUGCAUCAAUCUCAAUUGGUCGCAGAGCCACCUCAAUAGCCUCUUGAGCACCACACCAUGUUCUCAAGAGCCAUCCGCCAGAACAGCCUCCGGGUCGCUGCAAUCUCUGCCUCGAGCAGGAUUGCGUUGACCCGCGCCACGCCCGCCUUCACGAGGGCCUACGCCGCCGACGCAAAGGCUACCCCGACCGAGGUCUCGUCGAUCCUUGAGCAGAGGAUCCGCGGCUUGCAGGAGGAGAACAACCUCGCCGAGACCGGACGUGUGCUUUCCGUCGGUGACGGUAUCGCCCGUGUCCAUGGCAUGAACAACGUCCAGGCCGAGGAGCUCGUUGAGUUCGCCUCCGGUGUCAAGGGCAUGUGCAUGAACUUGGAAGCCGGCCAGGUCGGUGUUGUGCUGUUCGGUUCCGAUCGAUUGGUCAAGGAGGGCGAGACUGUCAAGCGUACUGGAGAGAUUGUCGACGUCCCCGUUGGCGCGCAGCUCCUUGGACGUGUUGUUGAUGCUCUCGGCAACCCCAUCGAUGGCAAGGGCCCUCUCAACACCACCGAGAGGCGUCGUGCCCAGCUGAAGGCUCCGGGGAUUUUGCCCCGCCAGUCUGUCCGCGAGCCUGUCCAGACUGGUCUCAAGUCUAUCGACGCCAUGGUCCCUAUCGGACGUGGUCAGCGUGAGCUGAUUAUUGGCGAUCGUCAGACUGGCAAGACUGCUGUCGCUCUCGACGCCAUGCUCAACCAGCGUCGCUGGAACAACGGUUCUGACGAGAAGAAGAAGCUCUACUGCAUCUACGUUGCUGUUGGUCAGAAGCGAUCCACCGUUGCUCAGCUCGUCAAGACUCUUGAGGAGAAUGAUGCUAUGAAGUACACCAUUAUUGUAGCUGCCACCGCCUCUGAGGCUGCCCCUCUGCAGUACAUUGCCCCCUUCACUGGAACUGCAAUCGGCGAGUGGUUCAGAGAUUCCGGCAAGCAUGCUCUUAUCAUCUACGACGAUCUGACGAAGCAGGCUGUUGCCUACCGUCAAAUGUCUCUGCUGCUCCGUCGUCCCCCUGGUCGUGAGGCCUACCCCGGAGACGUUUUCUACCUCCACUCUCGUCUUCUCGAGCGUGCGGCCAAGAUGAACGACAAGCUUGGUGGUGGUUCGCUCACCGCUCUGCCCAUCAUCGAGACCCAGGGUGGUGACGUGUCUGCCUACAUUCCCACCAACGUCAUUUCCAUCACUGACGGCCAGAUCUUCUUGGAGGCUGAAUUGUUCUACAAGGGUAUCCGACCGGCCAUCAACGUCGGUCUUUCCGUGUCCCGUGUCGGUUCCGCUGCCCAGGUCAAGGCCAUGAAGCAGGUCGCUGGUUCCCUGAAGCUCUUCUUGGCCCAGUACCGUGAAGUUGCCGCCUUUGCUCAAUUCGGUUCCGAUUUGGAUGCCGCUACCAAGCAGACUCUCAGCCGUGGUGAGCGUCUUACCGAGCUUCUCAAGCAGAAGCAGUACUCCCCCAUGGCCGUAAACGAGAUGGUUCCUUUGAUCUACGCCGGUGUCAACGGUCUUCUCGACAGCGUCCCAGUUAACAAGAUCCUCACGUGGGAGGCUGACUUCUUGGCCCACCUCCGAUCGAACGAGUCUGAUAUGCUUGCCCAGAUCGAGCGGGAAGGUGCGCUCAGCAAGGAUUUGGAGGCCAAGUUGAGGGAGGUUGCCACAAGCUUCACCAAGAGCUUUGCGUAGAUGGGAGAGGCGUGAAGAGUGGGUACUCCUCUAUUCCAGCGGUUCUUUGCGGGGUCAAAACAUGUGCUGAUUGGUCCUCUGAGAAUAGAUGUAUAAUAGAAGAUGCG